CCAGUGGGACUACAAGCACUACCAGGGUUACAACCACUCAGGGGAGAACAGCCUCUGGGUUCAUUCCUCUCCUGGGAAACAGUGCUCUGCUUUCCACACUCAUCCACUGACAGACAGAGAGCAGAGGAGAGCACAUCGAGAGUCACGAUGACAGAACAGACAUCUAAAAAACAAGGAUUUAAAAAGUGUCGGAGUGCCACUUUCAGCAUUGAUGGCUUCAGCUUUACCAUAGUUGCCAAUGAGGCGGGGGAAAGCAACCACCGUCCACUGGCCCGCUUUGCACGCUCACGGUCCCAGAAUGCACUAUGCACUGCGGUCAUAGCCGGCACUAGCAUUAUUGAACACAAAGGAAUUCUGAACGACCCACGCAGCACAGAGGAGAUCCUGGCUGAAGCGCUGCCAAUCCCUGAUGCACCCGAUGCCAUGGAGAAGACUGCUAUCAGGUUGCGAUGUCUUGUAAAGCAACUGGAGAGGGGGGAGGCAUCUGUGGUGGACCUGAAGAAAAACCUGGAGUAUGCUGCCUCAGUCCUUGAGUCUCUAUACAUUGAGGAAACAAGGCGGCUGGUGGAUCCAGAUGAUGAGCUGAGUGACAUCCAGUCAGAUUCUGUGCCAUCAGAGGUUCGUGACUGGCUGGCUUCCACUUUUACCCGGCAGAGGGGCCUGAUGUUGCGCCGUAAUGAAGACAAGCCACGCUUCCGCAGCAUCGUCCAUGCAGUGCAGGCUGGCAUCUUUGUGGAGAGGAUGUAUAGACGAACCUCCAACAUGGCUGGUCUCAGUUAUCCCCCAAAUGUCAUCACUGUGCUCAAGCAUGUGGACAUGUGGUCCUUUGAUGUGUUUGCACUGAAUGAUGCUAGCGGAGACCACGCUCUGAAAUUUGUCUUCUAUGACCUACUCACCAGAUAUGACUUGAUCAAUCGUUUCAAGGUCCCUAUUUCUGCUCUAAUAUCAUUUGUGGAAUCGUUGGAGGUGGGCUACAGCAAACACAAAAACCCCUACCACAACCUGAUGCAUGCUGCUGAUGUCACACAAACCAUCCAUUACCUGCUCCUCAAGACUGGCAUGGUGCACUGGCUAACUGAGUUGGAGAUCUUUGCCAUAAUUUUUGCAGCUGCCAUCCAUGACUAUGAACAUACAGGGACCACCAAUAACUUCCAUAUUCAGACCAGGUCAGACACAGCCAUGUUGUACAAUGACCGAGCUGUUCUGGAGAACCACCAUGUCAGUGCUGCCUAUCGCCUUCUACAGGAUGAUGAUGAAUUGAACAUCUUCUCUAAUCUUUCCAAAGAUGACUGGAGAGAACUGCGGACUCUAGUAGUGGAGAUGGUGUUGGCUACAGACAUGUCCUGCCACUUCCAGCAGAUCAAAGCCAUGAAAAGCCUCCUGCAGCAGCCUGAGGCGAUUGACAAACCAAAGGCCUUAUCCCUGCUGCUGCAUACUGCUGACAUCAGCCACCCUGCCAAACGCUGGGACCUCCAUCACCGCUGGACCACAUCCCUGCUGGAGGAGUUCUUCAGACAGGGUGAUAAAGAAGCAAAGCUAGGUCUACCUUUCUCCCCUCUCUGUGAUCGCAAAUCAACUAUGGUGGCCCAGUCCCAGAUUGGAUUCAUUGACUUCAUCGUGGAGCCAACAUUUACCGUGUUGACGGAAAUGAUCGAGAAGAUUGUGACACCGCUUAUUGAGGAGGCAUCUCGCUCUGGAUUGGCUGGCUUCAGACGCUCUAGUGUCAACAGUAUUAGUGGCAGCGACGGAAAGCAUUCCAGUGUGAAGAGUACAGGCUCAGAGGGCAGCUGCUCUUUGACCACAGUGGACUUCAAGAACUUCAAGGUCACAUGGAACCAAGACAUUCGUCACAACAGGGAGACAUGGAAGGCCCAGGCAGCCAAAGACCUGGAGGAAAAUGCCAAGAAGGAGGCAGAGAAGGGUAGCCAGGAAGAGAAUGAGACAGAAGAGGAGAAAGCGUCAAAGAGAACUGUUGACAGACCUAACACAGGAAAGAAGGAGAUCAAAACAGACGUGGAAAACAGGAGGCAGCAGGAGGAGCGACAGCCUAAAGAGGAUGAAGGAGAAAAUAAUCCAGGAGAGGCAGCAGGCUCCCGGCUGGGAUCAGGCUCAAAUUACCCAGACAAGAAGAAGCCUGGCGGCCACAUAGAGAAGCAGCAGCGGCAGUGUCACAAUGACCCACAGCCUGACUGCCAUCUGAUCCAUUACUGCAAGAGACCCAGCUACUGUGCCAGCUCCUAUCGGCUGGUCAGAUCGAAGGUCACUGAGAUGCGGCCUAUUGAUGCCAGGGGAAAAGCCAGGAGACUGCAGCGCAUCUCCCUGCGUCGCCGAAAGUGACAUUAUAGUAUAGAGUGUGACAUCACUGUGAUGUCAUAUCAGAAGAUAAUAUCACAGGAUAAUCAGUCUUUGUUUAUAUUUGCAUAUUGUAGCUUUGUAUUCCAGUUGACCUUCUGCUUAAUAUUAAUCUCGUUUAGGUUACUGUAGCUGCAUCAUCACCGGCACCUCUAUUGGUGAUAUCUCUCCGUUUUACCACUGCCAAUGCUUCCUGACCCAUCACUUCCUUUAAAUCUCCUCUUUUUUUUUGCAAAAUACAUUUCUGUCAAUAGUUUCUUAAUUAUAUUUUUGUUUCAUUAUUUAAAGGUCAAUUGAUACAUUUUGUUAGUAGUUUUACAGUUAUACUGUAUAUUUUAUUGUGUCUACAGGGUUCCCCAUUCCUUUCACUACUUGUCCUCUUUCUAUCGUCCAGCUGGGAACAUUUGUGUUCUUUAAUGUAAUUGUACUAAUAUUUUCAUAGCUCAGGCUGACAGCAGUGCUGAAUUGUCCCUGCCAAUAUUUUUACUGAUCUCACAGUGUUACUGGUAAGACCUAUGCAGAGUUGCCAGGUUUGUGUGCUUUCUGUAAAAAGUGGCCUAUAUUAAUGAAGAGUGAAAGCGUGAAGUAUGGGGGAUACCUGACCUGAUGGUCUGGUAAGCCGCUGUACUGCACAUUGUCGGCCAGCUGUGGCUCUGUCAGAAGUAGAGUCUGAACAGAGAUGAUCACAAACACUUAUCAUCUUUGACAUGAACGUGUAGGAUGAACAUUUGUCAAACGCAUACCCACCCCUAACCCUUUUUCACCAGUGGAUCAGCAGCUGAGUUGUUAUUGUAUAGGCCAUUAUUUUAUGGACAUUAUAGUGUAAAUAACCCACAGCUGAAUGUCAGACAUCAUUUUAUCAGGAGAAUCCUGAUAGCCACAGCCUGAGCAGCACAGACACACAGACAGGUGAGCUGCAGGUGAGCUCUGGUGUUGUAGUGAAAUGUCUAGCUGUAAAUUAAUGAGUUGAUUAAAAAAGAAAUACAAGGUAAA